AUGAUCGAACUCGAAAAGGGCUUCUCCCGCCUCUCCCCUGCAGACACUGAGCAGCUUCCAACAUCAGAAGAGGCAGACAGGCCGGAACCCACAACGUUUCCGAAAAUCCUCACCCUCGACGUCGGCGGUCGCAAAUUCAGGGCCUCCGCAGACAUCCUCAUCGCUGAGUCAGGGCUCUUCCGCCUCCAGCUCUCUGACCGCUUCACCUGGAUACCCGAGUCCAACGGCUCGUACUUCCUCGAUGCAAACCCCACCUUGUUUGCACACCUGCUGGACUUCAUGCGCCGACCGAACAUCUUCCCACUCUUCUGGAAUAAGGCUGAUGGCUUUGACUACAACUUGUAUCAGCGCCUUCAGGUAGAGGCUGAGUACUUCCAAAUGGACGUCCUGCAUGGGUGGAUAAAAGAAAAGAAUUAUCUGAGGGCUAUCAACAUCCAUGUCUCGGCGCCUAAGAUCCUCGAAGCGGAGGAUCUGGUCAAGUAUGUUGUCAGAAAGGAUGUAGACGAAGAGUCGCACGUGGUUCCGAGGAUUAGGCAGACGUACGUUUGUCCGCGUGGUCUUGACAAGCACCGGGGAGAUCCAGGUGCUUGCGGAUAUAAGUGUCGCCAGGUUCAGGGCACUGACGAGCCGGAGUAUGUUGCCGAGACAUAUAUCGAGCUGGUGACGAUCAGGAAGGAGGUGAUGCUCGACGAUUCGGUCUGUCGCGCCUGA